AUGGCAAGGACAAGGAAAGAAGGGGAUAAUAAGGAAGAGGAAGGACUGAGAGAAUCUAGAUCUCUUCUCGUCAUCCCCUCAAAGAUUUUCAACACGACCGUCGGGAGAGAAGGGAGAGAUGCAGCGUUAUAUCUGGUCCUGCUUGUAAAGAGAGAGGCCAUACCUAGCAACACGGAUAGUUUUAAGUAG